AAACUAGGGUUUCCCCUCGUGUAGAUGCCCGUGGUCCGUUCCUCCGAGGCUUGUGGUUGGAGCCCGGCCUAGCGGGUUCGAUCGUGUUUGGCGGGUAUGGAACAUGGGGGUUUUGAAGAAGGAGGUGAGAUUAGGGUUUAUCAUUAUAUUCCCAGAUUGAUCGCUGGCGCCCUUUCCGGCGCUCUCACCGGUGUUUUUGCUCUCGCCGGUGCUUUCACGGGGGCUAUCACUGGUGCUAUAGCAGGUAGAGCUUCUGACAGUGGCGUCCUCCGUGGAGCUGGACUUGGUGCCAUUGCUGGGGCUGUUUUGUCUGUUGAGGUUUUGGAGGCUUCCCGUGCUUACUGGUGUUCAGACCGAUCCAACUCACAGAACUCCUUAUCUAUUACAGAUUUCAUAGAGGAGCUUCUCCGUGGGAGAAUUGUAGAGGAAUCGUUCACACCAGCAGUGUUAACUACUUACCGAUGGCAGGUUAGCAUUGGUAACUUAAGCUAUGAUGAGAUGUAUGAUGUCUAUGGUGAAGUUGCAUCCAGAGGUUUGUCAGGGGACUCACUGAAGAAACUACCAUGCCAUGUAAUCUUGGAUGAAAUUAAGGCAGCACAGAGCAACUGCUGCACAAUAUGUUUGCAGGAUAUUGAAGUUGGGGAAAUUGCAAGAAGCUUGCCUUGGUGCCAUCACACAUUUCACUUGGCAUGUGUGGACAAGUGGCUUAUAAGACAUGGCACGUGCCCUGUGUGCAGGCGCAAUGUUUGAGUGUGCUUAGGCUUUAUUUUUCUUGUACAGAAAGGAUCAUUGAGAUCAAAGUCAUUAAUCCAUGUAUAUGUAAUUUAUAUGUAUUUAUUUUGCUAUAUGAUGUCCCCAGAUCGCUGGAGGUCCCGUCAAAUCUGUGCAUUGAAGAAAUAAUCAGGUCUGUUUUCCCCCACUUUGCAAGACAGUUUUUGUGAGGCAAUUGAGUAGCAGAAGCUUGUAUCCUUUAUGUAUCAUAUACAUAAUAAUCUAAAAAUAUGGUUUGAUGUAUUUUAUUUAGGACAAUGCCCCUGAUGACUGUACA